CUGCAUUGACAUGCUCACGCCACACCAUAGGUGUCUCUACCUGUCAAAACGACAGCAAUAAAUACAAUCGUAGAAGAAUAAGUCCCGGAAAUGUAACAGCUGAAGCUUUGCAGCACAACUUGUACUCUUGCAUUCCUUGUUUUGAUUGUUUUGUUUGGGCCGUCGUGUCAGCCGCUUUCCUGCAUGCUGAGGCAACACAGGCACAAAUUACCCGUGACUCUUCAUACUUUUGCAAAUCCAGGAUGGAAAAGUUGAUCAAUUGUUUCAAGAAAAAGCCAGAUGCUGUUGCCAGGUUGAUCUGCUUCCCCUGGGCAGGUGGAGGGUCCAUACAUUAUGCACGCUGGGGGAACGUUCUUAACAGCUCUAUAGAAGUUUUUGCUGUCAAACUUCCUGGACGGGAGAGUCGGGCCAAAGAGACUUUCUUUGAGAACAUGCAGCAGAUUGUGGAUGAGGUUCUUCAUUUGUUAUUGCCAGUGUUCAAAGAGAAGCCAUUUUCACUCUUUGGUCACAGUUUUGGUGCUUAUACAAGCUAUGCUGUUGCAGAUGCUCUGAAGAAACUUCACAACAUUGAGCCAGUUCACAUUUUCCUGUCUGGUGCAUCUGCACCUUAUUCUGAGACUCGCAUCCAAGCCCCAAAGAGAAGUGACUUAUCAGAUGACGACUUUCUCAAGUGGCUGAUUUCGAUUGGAGGAACUCCGCCUGAGCUUCUGGCCAACCCAGAAGUUCUGCAACUGUUCCUUCCUGCGCUGAAGGCUGACCUCCAUGUUGUCGAAAACUAUAAGUGUCACAAGCCAUCAAGUCCAUUCCUCUCCUGCCCAGUUUCAUGCUUGGAUGGGAAGGAGGAUAUUCCUCACGAUUUACAAGCAUGGAAAGACAUCACAACAGGAGAAUUCAACAUCAGGAUGCUUGAUGGGUCUCAUUUCUACCUCAAGGAUCCCGGAAAUGAAAGAAUAAUAUUGGACUAUGUGACAAAACAUCUCGAAACAUCCGGAAUGGACUACUUGUGAAGAAAUAUGUCUCGCUGGUCUGUCUAUGUAAUACACACCAACUGUUGUCUAAAUAUAUAUACAACUGUUCAUGAAAGAACACCCUGCCCAAUGAUCACAAAAAUAACUCGAACAAAAAAACUAUAUGCAUUUGGUGAUUUGUGCCGCUGAGUAAUGCACCAGAAGUUGUAGUUUCAAAAUAAGCACAUCCACUUAGUGUCGUAUUUGCUGCUUUAAUUGUCUUAGCGUAUAAUAAAUCUGCUUUGUAAAUUGUA